GUCGAGAAGGUGGUGGCGGCCGCGGCGGUUGUCCCACCGGGCCGGUUGGUGUGACCCGUCACCGCGCGCUCCGCAGCGUCCGUGCCGCGUCCAGCCCAGUCGAGCGGAGGGGCGCCGCAGCGGUCAGAGCCCCGCACGGGCGGCGCGCGCUGACGGAGGGCGGCGACCGCGGCCAGGGCGGCCCGUGGGACCGCGGGGCCCCGGCGCAGCGCCGCCCGGCUCCCGGCCCUGCCGGCCUCCUCCCACGGCGCUGCGGCCAUGGCGGCCAGCGCGAAGCGGAAGCAAGAGGAGAAGCACCUGAAGAUGCUGCGGGACAUGACCGGCCUCCCGCACAACCGCAAGUGCUUCGACUGCGACCAGCGCGGCCCCACCUACGUGAACAUGACGGUCGGCUCUUUCGUCUGUACCUCCUGCUCCGGCAGCCUGCGAGGAUUAAAUCCACCACACAGGGUGAAAUCUAUCUCCAUGACAACAUUUACACAACAGGAAAUUGAAUUCCUGCAAAAACAUGGAAAUGAAGUCUGUAAACAAAUUUGGCUAGGAUUAUUUGAUGAUAGAUCUUCAGCAAUUCCAGACUUCAGGGAUCCACAAAAAGUGAAAGAGUUUCUACAAGAAAAAUAUGAAAAGAAAAGAUGGUAUGUCCCACCAGAACAAGCCAAAGUGGUGGCAUCAGUUCAUGCAUCUAUUUCAGGGUCCUCUGCCAGUAGCACAAGCAGCACACCUGAGGUCAAACCACUGAAAUCUCUUUUAGGAGAUUCUGCACCAGCACUGCACUUAAAUAAGGGCACACCUAGUCAGUCUCCAGUUGUAGGUCGCUCUCAAGGGCAGCAGCAGGAAAAGAAGCAGUUUGACCUUUUGAGUGAUCUUGGCUCAGACAUCUUUGCUGCUCCAGCUUCUCAAUCAACAGCUACAGCCAAUUUUGCUAAUUUUGCACAUUUCAACAGUCAUGCAGCUCAGAAUUCUGCAAAUGCAGAUUUCGCAAACUUUGAUGCAUUUGGACAGUCUAGUGGUUCGAGUAAUUUUGGAGGUUUCCCCACAGCAAGUCACUCUCCUUUUCAUCCCCAAACUACAGCAUUUAGAAUGCUUUCAUCUAGCUGCAGUUUUGGUGAAUUUACUUCAGCUUUUCCUCUCCAGGCUACCCACAGUGGAAGUGCUGGAUCAGUAAAUGCUAAUUUUGCUCAUUUUGAUAACUUCCCCAAAUCCUCCAGUGCUGAUUUUGGAACCUUCAAUACUUCCCAGAGUCAUCAGACAGCUUCAGCUGUUAGUAAAGUUUCAACAAGCAAAGCUGGUUUACAGACAGCAGACAAAUAUGCAGCACUUGCUAAUUUAGACAAUAUCUUCAGUGCUGGGCAAGGAGGUGAUCAAGGGAGUGGUUUUGGGACCACAGGUAAAGCUCCUGUUGGCUCUGUGGUUUCCGUUCCCAGUCAGUCAAGUGCGUCUUCAGACAAGUAUGCGGCCCUGGCAGAACUAGACAGCGUUUUCAGUUCUGCAGCCACCUGCAGUAACGCCUAUGCUUCCACAAGUAACGCCAGCAGCAGUGUUUUUGGAACAGUGCCAGUGGGCGUUUCUGCACAGACACAACCUGCUUCUUCAAGUGUGCCUGCUCCAUUUGGGGCUACACCUUCCACAAAUCCAUUUGUUGCUGCUGGUGGUCCUGCUGUGGCAUCUUCUACAAACCCAUUUCAGACCAGUGCCAGAGGAGCAACAGGCCUUUCUGGAGCAAUGCAUUCUCAAGUGUUUCCUCACGCUCAUUUUGCGGCAACCUUCGGCACUGCAUCCAUGAGCAUGCCUGCAGGGUUCGGCACUCCUGCACCCUACAGUCUUCCAACCAGCUUUAGUGGCAGUUUCCAGCAGCCUGCCUUCCCAACCCAAGCACCGUUCCCUCAACAGACAGCAUAUUCUCAGCAGCCCAAUGGUGCAGGUUUUGCAGCAUUUGGACAAACAAAGCCAGUGGUAACCCCUUUUGGUCAAGUUGCAGCUGCUGGAGUAUCUAGUAAUCCUUUUAUGACUGGUGCACCUACAGGACAAUUUCCAACAGGAAGCUCAUCAACCAAUCCUUUCUUAUAGCCUUAUAUAGACACUUUACUGGAACGAACUUUUAUGUGGUCACAUUACAUCUCUCCGCCUCUUGCACUGUUGUCUUGUUUCACUGAUCUUAGCUUUAAACACAAGAGAAGUCUUUUAAAAGCCUGCAUUGUGUAUUAAACACCAGGUAAUAUGUGCAGAACAGAGGGCUCCGGUAACAACUUUUAACCUGUGAAUUGGCAGAAAAAGGUAGCGGUAUCAUGUAUAUUAAAAAUUGGCUAAUACUAAGUUAUUGCAGAUACCACAUUCAUUAUGCUGCAGUACUGUACAUAUUUUUCUUAGAAAUUAGCUAUUUGUGCAUAUCAGUAUUUGUAACUUUAACACAUUGUUAUGUGAGAAAUGUUACUGGGAAAAUAGAUCAGCCACUUUUAAGGUGCUGUCGUAUAUAUUGGAAUGAAUGACUUAAAAUCAUUUUAACCAUUGCUACUGGAAAGUUAAAAGUCAAAAUUGGAAGGUUUUAUUCGUUCUUGAAUUUUUCCUUUCUAAAGAGCUCUUCUAUUUAUACAUACCUAAAUUCUUUAAAAAUGUAGAGGGAUACCUGUCUGCAUAAUAAAGCUGAUCAUGUUUUGCUACAGUUUGCAGGUGAAAAAAUAAAUAUUAGAAAAUAUGCUAUUGUUUUUGUGUUCUUGCUGCAAUGCCUUUACCAAAGUGGCCUUAAAUAUGAGUAGUGAAUUGAGAACAUCUUGAAUUCUUAAAAAGACUUCUAGACUAACUUUUUAUAAAAAGGCCAUGUAGAAAAUUUAUUGAAACUACUAGGACUGCUAUAUUCAGGAAUAUGUUAAUGGUAAAGCAUUUAAAUGUAGCUUGUCAGAUUUGCCAUAAUACUUCUAAUUUCUUUGCAACUUCUUGAUUUUGUGAAAUUUGUAUAUAUGAAGAAUUUGCAUGUAUGUGUAUUUACAUGUUUUUAAAAAAGAUCUUGAAUUCUCAGACUGCAAAAGACCUAUUUUAACUAUGAUUUUUAAAUUUUAAUUGUCUUUGAAUGUAUUGGAAGCAGACAUGCGUUAACUGUGACAUGAUUGCACCUGAGUUGUUGUCCCCUAGUCCCCAAACUGGUAUUAUCUAUAGGUCAUUUGCUUAUGUUUGUUUUUUUGGGGAAAGAAACUGGAACACAGUGUUACGUUAGAGUUAUGGAAUACUUUGUUUAAAAAGACAGUGAUACUAAGUUUAGUUCUAUCUUUUUGUUAAUAUUCAGAUGAACUUGUUUAAAUAUUUAUAAUAUAGUAAUGCCUCAUCCAUCCAGAGAUAAUCUGGUAGUCUCAUCAAAAUGGAACACAACUAAGAAACUUGGAAUUGUGGUUUUUUUAAUGCCUCUGAGCAGCACAUAUAUGUCAUAAAGUCUAUAUCCUAGAGCUUAUGUAUUUGUUUCUAUGUGAGAUUUUAAAUUUUGAUUAUUUGAUGUCCUGGCCCAUAGCAUAUUAAUAGUUCAAAAGUGAUGAUUUGAUGAAAGGAAGGGGAUUGAAAAAACUAUGAAGAGCACACACUGUCCAAGACCACUUAGUGCAAGGACAGCCAGCCCAGCCCACUGACCAUUACUAUAUUACAUCAUCUUCUGAUAAUCGUCUGUUAUUAUGACUCUCUGUCAUCACAAAAGGUGAAAUUGCAUACACACCUAUGUAAUACAUGUGUGAAAAAUUUUAUCUUAAAGUGAUUAAAAUUUUUUUUAAAGCUUUGGUAUUAAAGGAGGUGAACAUCAGUUUCCUCAUUUUAUUCAUGUUGAAUACAUUUUUACAAUGAUGACUACAUCAUUUGUUACCUUACUGUUUUAACAUCUCUGUAGUGUAUAGUUAAUAUCCAGUGCUCAUCUAGCUGAAAGUAUGGUUUAUCUGAACCAUUUUGGUAAGCAAAGAUGCCUUGGAAAUCUUUGCCCCUUUUCUGAGCAGCAUGCCUCUCAGAAUUAAACAAUUGCUUCACAGGUGUGUGUUGGUACAGUCUUGAAAUGUUUCUACAUUUCUGGGGACUCCCUCAGCCAAUUUUUCAUGGAGAGCAAUCUAAAGAAAUGUCUUUGAAUUUCUGUUUUAAGUUGUAUUGGGUCCAAAUCAAUCCAUAUGUAUAAAAAGUUAUACUAUAUAAUUGUAGGCCAUUGCUCAGAUAACCUACCAGGUUUUCCAUCUAAGAAGUAAAUUAAACAGUUGUUGUCAAAAUAAUUUUAAAGACUAUUUUUUUCUGGUAAAUCUUGAAUUUAAGUGGCAACUAGUUGACUUUAAAUGUGCUCAAUCAAGAUGUUUAGGUUAAGAAGAGAUCCACCCUUAAAGUGGAUUUUCAUGUCAUCUGUACUGUUUAUUUAUUUAAAAAAUCAGCUUUCUUUAGAUUUUAUAUUUGAGUUGGCUUCUAGUUGUACAUAAGCCAUCAAAAUUGUGUUAGAUACUAAAAAUCCUUGAAAGUGAUAAAAGUGAAGACCUUCAAAUUUUCUGGCUUACUAGAUGAAUCACAUCUUUCCUGUUCUGCCUUUGUUCAGGAAAGAAAUUUGUCUUUUCUUUUAGGAAAAACUUUGCUGAUAUAGUUUAAAGGCAUCUUUUAUUCUUGUGUUUUUUUAAUAGAGAAUGUUUUAUUCUCAAUAUUUGUGAAGAUAGAAGUUAGGUCAUCACUUUCUUCCUUAAAAUAACUCCUGUAAAUUUGAAAACUCAUUUUAGUCUUUACCUAUGAGGUAGUCCUGUCCCUAGCACAUACCCUCUUUGGUACAGUACCUGUAAAUUGUCAAAAUGGUAAACUGGCUGCUUCUUUAUCACUUUAUCAACAGUACCGAAACAUUUUGGUCUAAGACCCAUAGCUCUUAGAUCCCUGAAGAGGUUUUCUUGGGUCUUUUUGUUUGUUUUGAUGGGUUUUUUUUUUUUUUUUUUAAAUGAAGCUUGUACCUUUCAGGAUUUAGGGUAUUAAACAUCAAUAUGAGCUGGGCACCAGUGGCUCAUGCCUGUAAUUCUGCCUAUUUUGCAGACUGAGGUCAGAGAGAGCGCAGGUUGAGGCUAAUUUGGGCAAAUAGUUUGCAAUACCCCAUCUCCAAAAUAACCAGAGCAAAUGGACUGGCGUUGUGGCUUGAGCAGUAGAACACCUGCUUUGCAAAUGGG